ACCGUUUUGUCAGUAUUGUCGGACGGGGAUAGUUGGUAAUGUGCCGGCUCGCUCUGAGGACCGUUAUGUUUUAACGUCUUCAUGUGGGGCCGUUGAAAUAUAACGUCUUCUUGUAGGACCGUUAUAUUUUAACGUGUUGGUGUUUGAGAAGUUUUAUUUGCUUGGUUUUUUUUAAAAAAAAAAGGAAUACAGUAAAAUUACAGUGAAGCUUUGCGGCAGUUGGUUUGUCCUGUUUGGUGUAUGUGCCGCGGUUGUCUUCAGCAGUGUGGGGUUGACUUUUGCCUGUCAUGAAGGUAGACCAGUGGCAAUGUAAAAGGAUUUACUGUGUUAUAAUACAAAGGUUUUGUGUGUUAACAAAUAAUAAUAAUAAUAAUAAUAAUAAUAAAAAAGCAAUCUGGAUGCUAAAGGCAGCGCUACGUUCCACUGCUGACUCCUGUCUGUUUGUCCUUUAGAUUGCAUCAUCACUGUUACAGCAGUUCUGACACUCAGGACCUGUAACAUCAUGACGACUCUCAGCUUUAAGUCUGGUUGUCUCAUGACGACCCUCAUCUUUACGUCUGGUUGUCUCAUGACGACUCUCAGCCCAUCACUGCACUGUUUAGCUGCAUCCAGACAUAAAGACCUGGAUGGUGCAGAACUUUCUCCAGCUCAACCAGGACAAAACAGAAGUUUUAAUCAUUGGACCAGAAAACAAAUUAUAAUUCAAAGAUUACAAACUGCGUCUUUUAAACCUUCAAACCAAGUCAGAGGCCUGGGAGUUCUUGACUCUGAGUUUACUUUUAAUCCACAUGUUAAACAAAUAGUUAAAUCAGGAUUUUAUCAUCUAAAAAACAGAGCCAGAGUUCGUCCAUUUCUCUCCCUCGCCACUGAGACUCUGAUGCUUUUAUUUCCAGCCGUAUAGAUCACUGUAAUGCUGCUUUCUGGUCUCCCAGUUUGUGGAACGGUCUGCCAGAGAACCUGAGGGCCGCAGAAAAUGUUUCUGACUUUAAGAGUCGGAUCCAGACCCGACUUUAACCGAAUCAUUUCUGCUCAGUCUGCGUUUUCCAUACCAUGUGGGGUUGGUAAUGGUUUGUUAUGUUGAUCUGUACAGCAUCUUGAGCUGCUGUUAGUAUGGAGGGUGCUUUAUAAAUAAGAUUGAUUGAUUGAUUGAUUGAUUGAUUGACUGACUGACAGCUAGCAUGCAGCUACAGCAUGUUUUCCAGGUUGAACUGGACCAGAGUUCUGAUGGUGGGACAUUAUUUCUGGAUCUGACUUCCAACCUUGAUCAGAUUAUUUCUCUGUUUUAUAAACAACCUGAAGUUAUUUAUUCAACAUGUUCAUCUUUUGUGUAAAGCAGCAGAUUUCAUUCCAGUCUGAAGUGACAUGCUGCAAAGGGUUAAUAAAUAAGGUUUAAAUGUGUUAUAAGUUACUUAUUAAAAGUUUGAGGUAGUGUGAAUCUUCCGCAGGUGUUUUCUCUCAUUAUGACGUCUGAUAAAAGCUGAGAUUCGGCGCUGAUGUAAACAGAGGCGCAUUAAUGCUGAUAAGCCUGGAAGUGUUUAAUGUUUAACCCUGUUGGGAGGAGGAAAUGCUGAGAGCUAACCGAGCUAGCGCUGGUCUCACACCGAGCCGGGACCAGGCACAAUGAAGACACGGCUUUAAGAGGAAUUCAGAACUCAUUCAUCCAUUCAGAGACGAACCGGACCGGGCUUCAGGCCAGAACCAGAACCACAGUUCAGUUUGGAGAACUAAACAGAAAGUCCAGCAGAGUCUUCAUUUAUUUAAACCAAAGGUCUUAUUGGGAUCUGAGUUUAAAACUGACUGAUAAACUUCUUGGUGAGUUGGGAUUAUUUUGCCGGAACCCGUCUUCGGUUUCAGGUUUUGACCCAUUGGUUCCGUCCAGAGGGACUGUGACCGGAGAGCUGAUAAGCUAAUCAAUACCUGGAACAAAUCUUACCUCACCACUCUGCUAUCAUGAGCGAGAGCAACAACACCGAUGGGGGAAUAGACUGGAGCAAACUGGAGCCCACUUAUUCCGUCAAGAUCUUCAUGACCGUCCUCUACACUCUCAUGCUGGUUGCAGGCAUUGUGGGUAAUUCAGUGACCAUCAGGGUGACGCAGGUGCUGAGGCGAAACGGCUACCUGCAGAAGAACGUGACGGACCACAUGGUGAGCCUGGCCAGCUCCGACCUGCUGGUGCUGCUCAUCGGCAUGCCGGUGGAGCUCUACAGCGCCAUCUGGUUCCCCUUCGGAUCCUCGUCUGGCAACACGUCCUGCAAGAUCUACAACUUCCUGUUUGAGGCGUGCAGCUACGCCACCAUCCUCAACGUGGCCACGCUCAGCUUUGAGCGCUACGUCGCCAUCUGCCACCCGUUCCGCUACAAGGCGCUGAGCGGCAAACGGACCUCGGUUCUGAUCACCUUCGCCUGGGUUGUGUCCGUUCUUAUUGCCUUGCCGUUGUUGAUCGCCACGGGAACGCAGGGACACAUACCGCAUCGACAGGAACUGAGUUUCUGCACCAAUCUGAAGGAGCACUGGGUGAUGUACAGAGCUAGCAUCUUCGGGGCGUUUGUCCUCUACAUGAUCGUGCUGAUCUCCGUCGCCUUCAUGUGCUGGGCGAUGAUCCUGGUGCUGAAGAAGCCGCUGGGAUCCAUAGACAACGGCAUCAACGGGACCGAAAGGCUCGGAAAGCACGAGAGCGAAACCACCAAGGCGGCUCGGAAGCAAACCAUCAUUUUUUUGGGUCUGAUCGUCGGCUCCCUGACGCUCUGCUGGUUUCCCAACCAGCUGCGGCGCCUGAUGACGGCGGCCGUCCCGAAGUCUUCCUGGUCUCUGUCGUAUUUCUGGUUCUACGCGUGGCUCCACCUGGUGGCCGACGGCUGCUUCUACCUCAGCUCCGUGCUCAACCCGUUCCUCUACAACCUGUCGUCUCGUCACUUCCGCCAGGUGUUCCUGCAGGUGCUGCGCUGCCGCCUGACCGUCCAGCACGCUAACCGCCGCGCCACGCCGCCGCCCUGCGCCGCCUCCGCGCGCCCGCUGCGGCCGCUGCUCCAGAAGUCGCUGCGUUUCGGCCGGAGGAGCGGCGGUGGCAGCGGCCAGCAGAGGGCGCCGCCCACCUUCACCACCUUCCAGAGCGACUCGGCGCCGUCCGGCUGCCGGCUGGCCGUCAGCCUGAGCGACCAGACCGCACCGGAAACCGGAACCGAGACAGAAAUCUGAAACCUGAAGCCGCUCCGGCCCCGUGAAGCGUCGUCGUCACGGCGAUGAGACAGUUUCAUGUUUCGGCGAGUUUUCUGAAAACUGCUAGAGCAAAAAGAAAUGAUAAUUUACAAAACUUCUGAACGUUUGGACAAAUUCAGUAGAAAAACCUCCAACACGGUGGUGGAGGCCUGAUGCUGGGGGCGUCCAGACGGGUCCAAAUCUGCAGUAGAACGGCUGGAAGGGUCAGGCUUCAGGAACGGCCUAGUCAAAGGCAUGUUUGGCCCUGCAGAGAGACUGCUGCUGGGUCACUGGGUGUACUUACUUUUCCACAUGCAGCUCUUUGUUUUCUUGUUUUAAUAAAAAAUUAUGCUUUGUAGAAUCUGCAGCUCAAGUUUACAGGAACAAAUAUUUUCUAAGAAAAAAUCAAAUUUAAAAAACAAACUGAAUGUUUUUCAUUUAAUAAUAAAAUCUGAUUUGUUUGGAGAACUUUGA